CCCAAUUGCUUCAAACCGACUAUUCCAUUGAUUUUCUGAAACUAGACUCGUCUUUACAAUACCUCGCUAGUCUAAACAUAAUGUAUUUUCUCCGUUUUAUCAGCGUGAUAGCCGCUGCAUCAACAGCCUCCGCUACCCUGACGUGGUCGCUGGACAAAUCCUCCGAUCCCUCUUCCGACCAAACAGAAGCAUACGGUCUGAUCGAGGCCGCAAUGGAAGCCGCAGUGGCACGGCACUCUCGCCUCGGCGACGCCAGCAAAGAGCUUCACGUCUCUUACGCGCCCGGUGUUCCGACCGCAGAGGCCAGCUACGACGGCUCAAUUCGAUUCGGUUCGGACCGCGCUUACAUGAACGAGCGUACGGCUCUGCAUGAAAUCUCACAUACCCUUGGCGUGGGCCAGACGGCUGCAUUCGACACGCUUUGCGCGGAUAAUAACUGGCCGACUGCGACGCCUUUGCUGCAGUCGUGGGAUGGUUCCGAUGCUACAAUCAGCUGCGGUGGAGGCCACUUCUGGCCGUAUGGUUUGAAUUACGACAAUGAGUGGAGCGAUGAGAAUGGUGACCGUCAUGUGCAGCUGGUUAAUGCUAUGCUUGCUGAUGGCAUGUAAGCGAUUCUAUACGAUGCGAACCGCGUAUGUUGGUGGUUUGGUUCUCAAACGUGUGGCAAGGUCGGCCCGACUCUCUUGAAUUGGAAU